AAACCAAAAAAGAAAAAAAAUAGGAGAAUUAAACGAGCAAGAUAUAUCGUCGACGAGGCCCAUCGCGUGCGCUUCCCCUCCCCUCUCGCCUCCCCAAAUUCGCGUUCGCCACCGUCGCGUCCCCCCUCGCCUCUGCCUCGCCGGAACCCUAGGGAGAUCGCCGGAGCACGGCGCUGGCUCACGGGCGGCGGCGGAGAUGAACUCGCAGAAGAAGCGCAGCCCCAAGAUCGAGCCCUUCCGGCACCGCGUGGAUGCGGACCCAAAGUCCUUCGACAAAUCGUGGAAGAAGCUCGAGGACGCCAUCCGCGAGAUUUACAACCACAACGCCAGCGGCCUCUCCUUCGAGGAGCUGUACAGGACUGCUUAUAACUUGGUUCUUCACAAGCAUGGUCUGAAGCUAUAUGAUAAACUCACAGAGAAUUUAAAAGGACACCUGAAAGAAAUGUGCAGAUCAAUAGAGGAUGCCCAAGGUAGUUUGUUUCUGGAGGAACUGCAGAGAAGAUGGGCUGAUCACAAUAAGGCACUACAAAUGAUCAGAGAUAUACUCAUGUAUAUGGAUAGGACAUUUAUUGCAACUAACAAAAAGACACCUGUCUUUGACCUUGGUCUAGAGUUGUGGAGAGAUAUCGUUGUCCGCACUCCCAAAAUUCAUGGGAGGUUGCUUGACACACUCCUUGAACUCAUUCAUAGAGAGAGGAUGGGUGAGAUGAUAAACAGAGGUCUGAUGAGGAGUACCACCAAAAUGUUGAUGGAUCUAGGGUCUUCUGUCUAUCAUGAUGACUUUGAGAAGCCAUUCCUUGAGGUAUCCGCAAGUUUCUAUAGUGGUGAGUCACAACAGUUCAUUGAGUGCUGUGAUUGUGGCGAAUAUCUCAAGAAAGCUGAGAGACGGCUUGCUGAAGAGUUGGAGCGUGUUUCUCAGUAUAUGGAUGCCAAAACCGCAGACAAAAUAACUAGUGUUGUGGACACUGAGAUGCUUGCAAAUCACAUGCAGCGGUUGAUUCUUAUGGAGAAUUCUGGUCUUGUGAAUAUGCUUGUUGAUGACAAACAUGAAGACCUUAGCAGGAUGUACAACUUGUUUAAACGUGUUCCUGAUGGGCAUUCAACAAUUAGAUCUGUGAUGGCCUCUCAUGUUAAGGAAAGUGGAAAGGCAUUGGUAUCUGACCCAGAGAAGAUAAAGGACCCUGUUGAGUUUGUCCAGCGUCUUCUAAAUGAGAAAGACAAGUAUGAUGAGAUCAUAAGUAUUUCAUUCAGCAAUGACAAGGCUUUCCAAAAUGCUCUGAAUUCCUCCUUCGAGAAUUUCAUCAACUUGAACAACCGAUCUCCUGAAUUCAUUUCGCUGUUUGUUGAUGACAAGCUCCGGAAAGGGGUGAAAGGGGCCAAUGAAGAGGAUGUUGAAACUGUCUUGGACAAGGUGAUGAUGCUCUUCAGAUAUUUGCAGGAGAAAGAUGUUUUUGAGAAAUAUUACAAGCAACACUUGGCCAAACGUCUUCUAUCUGGGAAAACUACUUCUGAUGAAGCUGAGAGGAGUAUGCUUGUGAAGCUGAAGACGGAAUGUGGCUACCAGUUUACGUCAAAAUUGGAAGGCAUGUUCAAUGAUCUGAAGACAUCGCAUGAUACUAUGCAAAGUUUUUAUGCUAAUCUCUCUGGUGAUACUGAUAGCCCAACAAUAUCAGUCCAGAUACUCACCACUGGGUCUUGGCCAACACAGCCAUGUACCCCCUGCAAACUUCCACCUGAAAUUGUUGAUAUAUCUGAGAAAUUCCGGGCAUUCUACCUUGGCACCCACAAUGGCAGGAGAUUGACAUGGCAAACAAACAUGGGGAAUGCAGAUAUCAAAGCAACGUUCGGAGGCCGCAGGCAUGAGUUGAAUGUCUCGACAUAUCAGAUGUGUGUCCUGAUGCUGUUUAAUUCAGCAGAUGGCUUGACUUACGGUGACAUUGAGCAGGCCACAGGUAUACCACAUGCUGAUCUGAAACGCUGCCUCCAGUCUCUUGCUUGUGUUAAGGGUAAGAAUGUGCUGCGGAAGGAACCCAUGAGCAAGGAUAUAUCUGAAGAUGACACUUUCUACUACAAUGACAAGUUCACAAGCAAGUUGGUCAAGGUGAAGAUUGGCACCGUGGUUGCUCAGAAAGAAACAGAACCAGAGAAGUUGGAAACUCGCCAGAGAGUUGAGGAAGACAGGAAACCUCAAAUUGAGGCUGCAAUUGUCAGAAUCAUGAAGUCCAGAAGAGUCUUGGACCACAAUAGCAUAAUCACGGAGGUGACAAAGCAGCUUCAAUCGCGCUUUUUGCCAAAUCCUGUUGUGAUAAAGAAAAGAAUAGAGUCCCUGAUCGAGAGGGAGUUCUUGGAGAGGGACAAGGUAGAUAGGAAGAUGUACCGUUAUCUUGCAUAGAUGCCCUCCCUGUCGAAACAACAGACUGUCCAUAAACGGGUUGCUGCUAUGUAUACCUACCCAUGUUUCAAUUUUCUUCCAUUCAUUCUCUUUAGAUCUGCUGCAGAGCCAAAGGUGGCAUACUAACAUUUCUAGGCCUGUUAUCUUUGGUACAGAUAUAGAAAACGAUCUUAUAUCUUUCUGGUAAUACAUAGAAUGUUGCUGGUCGUUAA